AGGAUGACUGAGACACUAUGGGCCAUGCGCUGUGUAUCUGCUCUCGGGGAACUGUCAUUAUUGACAAUAAGCGCUACCUUUUCAUACAGAAACUGGGGGAGGGGUGAGUGUUUGGAAAUCACUUAGUGAGUCCCCAGGUUAUGGUGAUUGAAGGACGCCAGUCCACACGAUAGGGGUAUAAGGGUUUUAGCUCUGCCCUCUGAGUCACCUGACAGGGCCUAGCUGCAAGUAGUCAAGAAGGUGAAUUCUGGAGCCAGGACUCCUAGAUCCACCUUGUGUGACUUGGUAAGCCAUGGUUUUGACAUAUGCUUAAUGGGGAUAAUGAUCAUGUCUCACUGAUGGAAUUGUGAGAAUUGAGAUGAUGCAUAUAAAACGUCUAGCCCAGUGCCUGGUCCGUAAGCACUUGGUAAAUGUUGGCUAUUAUUCAUUUAACGUUUAUUGAGCAUCUGACAAGUACAGAACUCUGUGUUGUGAUCAUAGGACCUCCGAGAUGACUAUGUCCCUGUUCUUGAGAAGCUCAAAGUAGAAUAGUCUUCAGAUGGGUUUCUACUAAAUGGGAAAUACAGCCCUCUUCCCCCAGGGAAUUCUUCUGGGUCUAGGCAUUGUGGGAGAUGACCAUGGUCCUUCACUGACCCCUUUGGCCCACAGUGGGUUCAGCUAUGUGGACCUAGUGGAAGGGUUACAUGAUGGACACUUCUACGCCCUGAAGCGGAUUCUGUGUCACGAGCAGCAGGACCGGGAGGAGGCCCAGCGGGAAGCAGACAUGCAUCGCCUCUUCCAUCACCCCAACAUCCUUCGCCUCGUGGCUUACUGUAUGAGGGAGCGGGGCUCGAAACAUGAGGCCUGGCUGCUGCUACCCUUCUUCAAGAGAGGUACACUGUGGAAUGAGAUAGAAAGGCUGAAGGACAAAGGCAACUUCUUGACUGAGGACCAAAUCCUGCUGCUGCUGCUGGGUAUCUGCAGAGGCCUUGAGGCCAUUCAUGCCAAGGGUUAUGCCCACAGGUCAGUGGGAGGAUCCUGUACUUGCUGGACAGAGAGGAAGAGCCUCACUGAGAGAAAUGGGAGGUCUCUGCUCUCCUUCCAAGAAACAGCCCCCAUGAUUCUUUUGGCCCCUGGGAUUCUGGCCUUCCUGUCCAGGGAUGCUCAUGAUUCACUUCCACUUCACUAUAGAGACCUAAAGCCCACCAAUAUCUUGCUUGGAGAUGAGGGGCAGCCUGUUUUAAUGGACUUGGGUUCCAUGAAUCAAGCACGAAUCCAUGUGGAGGGCUCCCGCCAGGCCCUGGCCCUGCAGGACUGGGCAGCCCAGCGAUGCACCAUCUCCUACCGGGCCCCGGAACUCUUCUCUGUGCAGAGCCACUGUGUCAUUGAUGAGCAGACUGACGUCUGGUCCCUAGGCUGUGUGCUGUAUGCCAUGAUGUUUGGGGAAGGCCCUUAUGACAUGGUGUUCCAGAAAGGUGACAGUGUGGCCCUUGCUGUGCAGAAUCAACUCAGCAUCCCACAAAGCUCCAGGCAUUCUUCUGCAUUGCGGCAGUUGCUGGCUUCCAUGAUGACUGUGGAUCCCCAGCAGCGCCCUCAUGUUCCUGUCCUCCUCAGUCAGGUGGAGGCACUGCAGCCCAUACCUCCUGGCCAGGACACUACUCAAAUCUGAAGAAACCAGUGGCCCUGUUGAGAAAGUGGACCCUUGUGCCUUGGAAGGAGGCUCCUGUGCCUCAUUACAAUCUCCAUCCAUUCUAUCCAGGACUGUUCUCUUAUAGUUGGGGACAGGAAGGGUAGGGACAGUCAUCUCAGUCCUGCAUCUGCGCUUCUGCUCUUACCCACAAGAGCAACAACUGGACAAGAUUUCCUGACUGCAUUGGGGGUGGGGGGUAGGGGAAAGGGAAGCUGAUAGAACAUGGUACAUGGCUCUGAGCAGGACUACUGAGCUCACAUCAUGAUCUGCCUCCAAACCUGGGAGCAGAAGAAUGUAUAAACAAGAAUAAAGCAAAAGCUGGUUGGUAUAGUUCUUCGUUUCAUUGUUCCUGGAGUGAGAGAAAGGGUGCAAGGGGCCCCGAGUGUGGUUGUCAUUUCCAGGGGAAUAGCAUGGGAAAGACUGGUAUCAAGUCAGGACAAGGCGUGACUUCAUCAUCCCAUGCAAGCGGGGAGGUAUCCUUCCCUUAGAUCUAGCUGGUUGGCAGUGAGCUUGUCUUAGCCCAAAACUUAAAGCUGCACUGGCUUGAGCUGGCUUCCACCUGAGCCAAGAACUGGAAUCAGGGCCCCCUAAAAUCACACUCAACUAAUUCCUUCCUUCCCUGCCAGGGGUGGGUAGCUUGGUCAAAGCAGCCCAGCUGGUUUGCCAGGCAAGGGCUUCUGGGUGGAGACUCCCCAGGAAGCUGUGGGACAGGUCUCCCAGCCUCACCCUGGGGGCAAGGGGAGUGGAGAUGGCAGCCAUUUUGGCACAGGUCUCUCCUGAUGGUUCUAGCUCACAGGUGAUUAAUGAUUAACGAGGUCAGGGUGGCGUGGCAGUAUCCAGCUGCCACUUCCAGCCUGCUCUGCUGAGUAAACGGGCCCUGCCUUAGCUGGCCUUGAAACCUGUUCCUCAGGGAAGGGCACUGCGUCCCUGAAUCACCAGGGAGGGAAGGGUGAUUCAGGCCUCUCCUCCUGAGAUCAAAGUCCUUCCCCCCAACCGCCAGCCAUGCCCACCCUCACAUGCUGAUGUCAGCAUGGGUUCUGGGAUACCUAUUAGCAAAGUUGAAAUCUUCCCCAGGGCCCUGGCAGGAGGCUCCCACCAGCUAGCAUGGAGGCUGGGAGGUUGAGGCCAGAAAGAAAGCACAAACAGAGGGGAGACGACCUGACUUUUAAUGGCACAGCCCCAAGCCCCAGCAAAGCAGCAAGACAGAUACUAAGCUACGCAAAGCUGCUGGGAGGCACAGUGACACAACUCCAGGAGAUACACUUGUCCCUUCCCAUCCCCCAAGCUUAUGACUAGGCUCCAUGCCCAGGAUUUCUGGGCCAGCCCAGCCCCACUCCCAAACCCUCAAAAUGCAGAGAAGCCUGGGCCAAGCCUUGCUUCCAGAGCUAGUGAAUACAGAAGCAGCAGGAAGAAUAGCAGUCCAACUCUCAAAUACAGAAACCACUGGACUUAAACUCCUACUUGGAAAGGAAGUGAAGACUCAGUAUCCUUAAAUAGCUUGUGGCUGGACAGAGAGGUCCAGGAUUGGUCCUCAUUUCUCCCUAUCCUGGGUGCCCCUAGGCCUUACAUCAAGGUCCCUGGGCUUAUGCUUCCUGGGCCUGGAAAAGG